UCUUCUUAUCAAAACAAAUUUCAACCCAUAAAGUAACUUACGAAAAAGCUAACGACUUUGCCCUUCUCUCUCCUUCAUUCCAACUUUCUCUCUCUUUGCUUCUUUUCUUCUUUCUUCUUUCUUCUUUCUUCUUUCUUCUUUCUUCUUUCUUCUUUCUUCUUUCUUCCCCUGUUUUUCUCCUUUUCCCUUUCACUUCCACAUUUCACCAUGCAAACCCACAAUCCACCGAUUCGAACCGGUUCCAAACCCAAUCAAUCUCUCUUUCACUCUUUCAAACAAUCCCUUCCAUUCCCAGAAAAACUCUCCGAUCUCUUGCUUCUUUUCGCCAGAGCCGGCCUCCUCCUCUGUCUCGUCGCCUCCAUGUCCCUCGUCCUCCGUUCAUCUUUCACUUCUCAAUCCCACCAGUUCAUACUCCCAACCCGCACUCAAACCGCCGUCCACGACCCCGUCAAAAACUCCACCUCCCCCACCAACAUAUCCCACAUCGUAUUCGGAAUCGGCGCCUCAGUUCAAACAUGGAAAGACCGAACUCUCUACACCCAUCUUUGGUGGAACCGGAAUCGGAACCGUGGGUUCGCUUGGCUCGAUGGUAAACCGGGGAAAACCGGAAACCCGGUUCCGUACAAGGUGUCGGAUUGGUGUUUUGGGUCGGGUUAUUCGUGUAAGUCGUCGGCGGUUCGAAUUGCUAGGAUUGUUGUGGAGAGUUAUAAAUUGGGUUUAGAAAACGUGCGGUGGUUUGUGAUGGGAGAUGAUGAUACAGUGUUUUUCACGGAGAAUUUAGUUACGGUUUUAGCGAAAUAUGAUCAUAACCAGAUGUACUACAUUGGUGGGAACUCGGAGAGCGUUGAGCAAGAUCAGAUGCAUUCUUACGGGAUGGCGUUUGGCGGCGGGGGGUUUGCAAUCAGUUACCCACUGGCCGCCGAGUUGGUGAAAGUAAUGGACGGUUGUCUUCAUCGGUACAGUUUUUUCUACGGCUCUGAUCAAAGGGUCUGGGCUUGUAUUGCGGAGCUCGGUGUUCCACUCACAACAGAACGUGGCUUUCAUCAGUUUGAUAUUCGAGGUGACCCAUAUGGGAUAUUGGCAGCGCAUCCAUUGGCACCACUUGUAUCACUUCAUCACCUUGAUCAUGUGGAGCCAUUGUUUCCAAACCAAACUAGGGUUGAUUCAUUGGAUUUACUUAUGCAAGCAUAUCGAGUUGACUCAAGCCGAAUCCUUCAGCAAACUGUCUGCUAUGAUCGAAGGAAAGAAUGGUCCAUCUCCAUCGCAUGGGGCUAUGCUGUUCAGAUAUAUCCGUUCAUGGUGACAGCUACAGAUAUGCAGAUUCCAUUUCAGACGUUCAAGACAUGGAGGAGCUCGAGCGAUGGACCAUUCAAUUUCAAUACACGCCCUGUGAGUUCCGACCCAUGCUGGCAACCGGUUGUUUAUUUUUUGAAGCAAGUUCAAGAGGUGGACACAAGGGGUACCAAAACCACUUACGAAAGGUUUGUGGUGAAGGACGUGAAGGUAUGCGAGAGGAAUGAUUACGCUCGGGUCAUGGCAGUGAAACAAGUUACUGUUUCCUCAAUGAAGAUGGACACUCAACUAUGGAUGAAGGCACCACAAAGACAGUGUUGCGAGAUUAUGGACAAGUGGGGAGACGAUAACCAUAUCUGGGUUAGGCUUAGGAAAUGCAGAAAGAGUGAAACAAUAACCACAUAGAUUCUCAUUUUUGGAAGAAUUGUUUUAGGUCCUAGAAUAAUGAUGGCUAAUUUGCCCUCUUGUAAAUAUCACAGUUCUAAAUAUAGAAAAAAAAAUCAGCAUUUUCAACAGAAGUUUUUGAGGACAAUGUUAAUCUGGUUGGUAAGACUGUAAUAGGGAUUGAUAUAGUAUAGUCAUAUUCUAAUGAACAUACGCUUAGUGGUGUAAGACAAAA